CCGUCGCCGAAAUCCAUCCCUCCAUCAAUAAGUUGAUAAUAUACUUAACUAUAAAGAAAGCGCUCCAAAAGAAAGCUCACCAAUUCAUUCCGCCCUCGGAAUUGUACUUCACCUCAAGCCCCACCAGCGCUACUCUCACCCAGCCUUGAGUCGCGUUGGUCCUACUCUAUCAUUUGGACAUAAAUUCAGAGCAGCUUCCGGAAUACCCACCAAACAAAAUCCCAGAACCUCAAUGCUUUCGCAAUUCUCCACCGCUGAUACCUUUUAACUACCCAAUGGACCACCAGACGUUUGACCUCCCCGACUCGACCGACUGGCUGGCCACGCCACUGUCCCUCCUCGCGCCGCUCGAGUCCGCCCUGCGAUGUCAAGUCUGCAAGGACUUCUUCCAGAACCCCGUCAUCACCUCGUGCAGCCACACAUUCUGCUCGUUAUGCAUCCGCCGCUGUCUCAGCACGGAGGGGAAAUGUCCCGCGUGUCGCAGCUCGGACCAGGAGCUGAAGCUGCGGCAGAAUUGGGCGGUGCAGGAGCUGGUUGAGACCUUUCAGAAUGCGAGACCGAGCGUCUUGCAGCUAGCCACCCAGGCGGCGGCGGCGCAGCAAAAUGGUGAGGAGGGGGUCUUAGCGCGGCCGGCAGCGAAGAAGCGGAAGGUAGAUGUGUCGGAGGAGCUCGGAGACGGGAUCACGACUACUUCUACGGAUACGGAUAUUGCUGCGGUGAGAUCAGUGGAGGGGGUGCGGACGCGCUCGCAGGCGAGGGGAGGAGGUCUGACGCGGCAAGCUCCCGCAGAAGUUAUUGAGGUGAUUGACGAUAGUCAGGAUGAGGAGUUUGUUCCAGCCGAUGGACUUGUCGCGUGUCCUGUAUGUCAGCGGAGGAUGAAGAACGAGGCCGUGUUCUCACAUCUUGAUAAAUGCACCGGAGAACCUGCACCACCCAAAGCUUCCCCCAAAACCUCCUUUGGCUCCCUACAGAUGCCGAUGUCUGCGCCGGUUCCAUACAGAAAUCCCAAGAACAAGCCACUUGAGAGACUUCCAACCAUUAAUUAUUCUCUAUAUAAGGAGAGUAUGCUUCGGAAAAAGCUCAAAGAUCUGGGCAUCCCCAAUACAGGCCCACGACCACUGCUGCAAAGACGCCAUACCGAAUGGGUGAAUCUGUGGAACGCUAAUUGCGACUCCAAGUCGCCUAAGCCUCAUGGAAUCUUGCUGCGUGAACUCGACAUCUGGGAACGAACUCAGGGCAACCAAUCGUCUUCAUCGUCCGAGGCUCCUGGAUCAAUCAUGCGCAAGGAUUUCGAUAAAGCUGCUUGGUCAUCAAGCCAUGAAGACGACUUCAAGAAACUCAUUGCCAACGCUCGGCAAAAGAGUCGCGCGGCGGCGCGUAUGACAACACCACAAGAAUCCGCUGGGUCGAGUACAAUGCAGAACACACCUGCUUCCGAGCUGACAGAUGCCCCAUUCCCAGCGGAGACCACAGAUCCUUCCGUUAGUGUGCUUGUAGAUGCCAGUAUGUCAGGUGCUGUGGCGCCCGAGACUCCACUGCCACCAGAAUCAUUCAAUGACGGAUUGACUGAAAUGCAUCACUAAUGCUCCGUGGUGUUGGCCGCCAAACAUCGUGCGCUGUAAAUAUCAUCUUCGACGAUUAAAGACUAUGCUCCUUGAUCACUGAGCUGUGGCGCUUGGGUUUUCUUCGACCGACAUGCGGGACAACCUCUCCUCUAGCUCAGAAUCAAGAUCCUUCUCUGCUGCUGCACUGCGCGCGGCUUCUUUGGCACGCUGUUCGAGGUUGUCGAGUUCGGCAAGUUUGUUGCGGGUCUCUUCUGCCUCUUUCUCCUCUCUCGCCUCCCGCUCUUGGUUCUCCAACUCCUCAAGCUCCUCAUCGAUCUCCAUCUCGUCGAUCUGCGGACCGGCCUCAUUCAGGAUGUUUCCCACCUCAUCCACCUUCGUCAUCUCAUCACGCAACUCCUC